CAUAACUACACCACCAUGCCUGAGCCACUCAGAUGCUCACGGAGCAUUGAUUCCCGUGAACUGCGCUUUUCACGCGCAAUGAUCUUCGCCAUCGAGCAGAUUAACAACAGCACGGAGCUGCUGCCGGGCAUCAAACUCGGUUAUCAGAUCUACGACUCGUGCGCCUCGGUGCCCGUGGCGGUGCAUGUGGCAUUUCAGCUUUCAAGCGGCCUGGACCCGGUGUUUUACACCGAUGACAAUUGCUCGCAAUCUGGUGCGCUGAUGGCCAUUGUUGGUGAGUCUGGGUCCACGCCAUCCAUCAGCAUGUCGCGCAUCAUCGGGCCCUUUAAUAUUCCUCAAGUGAGCCACUUUGCCACUUGUGCAUGUCUGUCUGAUAAGCAGCAGUACCCGAGUUUCUUCAGAACAAUCCCGAGUGACCAGUUCCAGGCUGACGCGCUGGCAAAGCUGGUAAAACAUUUUGGUUGGACUUGGAUAGGGGCUAUCCGAUCGGACUCGGAUUAUGGAAACAAUGGUAUGGCGUCUUUCCUGGACGCGGCCCAAAAAGAGGGGAUCUGUGUAGAAUACUCCGAAUCUUUCUACCGGACCAACCCACGGAGCAGGAUCCAGAGAGUAGCUGAAAUUAUCCGCAGGUCGACAGCUUUGGUUGUUGUGGCUUUUACAUCCUCUGGAGACUUAAGGAUUCUGCUGGAGGAGCUGUCGCUAAAGCCCUCUCCACCUCGCCAGUGGAUAGGCAGUGAGUCCUGGGUAACUGACCCAGACAUGCUGAGGUUCAGCUUCUGUGCUGGAGCAAUCGGAUUUGGCAUUGAGCAAUCUGUUAUCCCAGGUCUGAGGGACUUCCUGCUGGAUCUCUCUCCCUCUAAAGUGGCUGCCUCUCCAGUGCUUACUGAGUUCUGGGAGGAUGCAUUCAACUGCAGGCUGGGAAAAAGAUCAGCCACAGACAAUAAUUUGUGUGAUGGAACUGAAGAUAUAGAGACUACCCAGAGCCCGUACACUGACACAUCUCAGCUCCGAAUCACUAACAUGGUGUACAAGGCUGUUUAUGCAAUAGCACAUGCCAUUCAUAAUGCAAUGUGUAAGGAAACACCCUCUAUAGUUCAGUGUGACAAAUUCACCAACAUUGAAUCCAAAAAGGUUCUUACUCAACUAAAAAAUGUAAAUUUUUCCCAAAAUGGUUAUCAUGUGUCAUUUGAUGCCAACGGGGAUCCUGUGGCCACAUACGAGCUGGUUAACUGGCAAAAAACGGAGAGUGGCAGCAUUGAGUUGGUGACAGUAGGGCACUACGAUGCCUCACUGCCGGUGGGCCAGGAAUUCAGUAUCAACAGGAACCUCACCUGGGUGGAGGGUGCCACACAAGUGCCCGUGUCAGUGUGCACUGACAGCUGUCCUCCAGGAACUCGUAAAGUGCUGCAGAAAGGAAAACCAAUCUGCUGUUUUGAUUGUAUACCGUGUCCUGAGGGAGAGAUUAGCAAUGCUACAGAUUCCCCUGAUUGUUUUUCUUGCUCCGAGGAAUUUUGGCCUAACGCAAAGAGAGACACUUGUCUCCCCAAGCCUGUAGAGUAUCUUUCCUUCAAUGAGGCCCUAGGAAUCAUCCUGGUGACAUUCUCAGUUGGUGGUGCCUGUCUUGCCAUUAUAACAGCGGCUGUGUUCCAUCGUCACAGGACAUCCCCGAUUGUCAGGGCCAACAACUCUGAGCUGAGCUUCCUGCUGCUCUUCUCUCUGACUCUCUGCUUCUUAUGUUCAUUAACUUUCAUUGGAGCACCCUCUAAGUGGUCCUGCAUGCUGCGCCACACAGCGUUCGGGAUCACCUUCGUCCUCUGUAUGUCUUGUGUUCUUGGAAAAACUAUUGUAGUGUUAAUGGCCUUCAAAGCCACUCUCCCGGGUCAUAAUAUCAUGAAAUGGUUUGGUCCUCCACAGCAAAGAAUGACUGUAGUGUCUUUCACAUUCAUUCAAGUUAUAAUAUGUACUCUUUGGUUGGUUCUUAGUCCCCCUUUUCCAAUGAAAAACCUAACCACAUACAAAGAGAGAAUCAUUCUGGAGUGUGCAUUAGGCUCAGCUAUUGGGUUCUGGGCUGUGCUCGGGUACAUCGGCCUACUGGCUGUCUUUUGCUUUGUGUUAGCUGUGCUCGCCCGGAAACUACCUGAUAAUUUUAAUGAAGCCAAGCUUAUCACCUUCAGCAUGCUGAUAUUCUGUGCAGUCUGGAUCGCCUUUAUCCCAGCAUAUGUCAGCUCUCCUGGUAAAUUUACUGUGGCUGUGGAGAUAUUUGCCAUUCUGGCCUCCAGUUUCGGACUCAUAUUGUGUAUAUUUGCUCCAAAGUUUUUCAUCAUAUUGUUUAAGCCAGAGAAAAAUACUAAGAAACAUGUAAUGAAUAAAAGUAAGUUAUAAAACAUCUGACGUUUGUAAAAAAAACUAAGAUGGCAAUUUAAGGGACUUUUAACAAAAAUACCUAAGCAACAGAGGGCAAACAGGCAGAACUUGUUUCGUUUGUGUGCUCUUAGCUAAAAAAACAACAACAUCCUGUUGGUACAGAAUAUAACAAUGCCAGUCACGUUCUCAAUUCAACACAUUGACACAAUCAAAGAAUUGUUCCACUCACCUGAUUCUCAUCACCUCUAGCUCACCUUUGUGAAAUUCAUACAUUAACGCUCUACCCCAGG